CACCCUCGUCUAUUGGAUGCAGGGUUCAGUUUCAAAGUGGAUCUAUCAUCGAUGCGUUCGCAUUUGCUAUUGCGGUGAAAUCUUCCAGCAGCUGAAUCGUGUACGUGUUUCUAAAUUAUUGUUAAGAGAAAUUCAUUGAAUCGAAAACUGUUGAGAAGUAUACUUUUCAUGCAGUAAAUGAUAGAUUACUAAUGUCGCGUAAAACAAUUGACACUAUAGUUAAAACUAACGGUCAAUGUUGUAUCGAAGGACCAUUAAUGAACUGUUGAUGGUGUAUAUUUGCGGAAGUAUAGAUCGAGUGAAAUAAAAAGAAAAGGAAAAUGGUGCUCUACAAGCUUAUGGUGGUUCAUUGGUCUAUUUUUACGCUCUUCACGCAGCUGGUGAUCUGUACAUCUGCUUCCACAAAUUCUCACGUAAACGUCUUUGAACCCAGAUCCAUCUGUGAUGACGAUAGCGUACAAUACGUUCAUGAAACGGGGCCAGAAUCGAGUUUAGUAUUGAAUCUGUAUCCAGACAAGAGUAAACCAUUCUGUAAGAGACAAUUUCACGCACCAGAAUCUCACAGUUUUUAUGUACGUCUUCAAAGAACUCCAUUAGUUGCAAGUAGUAAACAGAAGAUCUCACAGCAGAACGGCAGAAAAUAUGGGAGCAAAAAAAUUAGUAAUAUCACCGAAUCGUGCUCAUUGAGUAUAUCACAUUCCUUACACGGAGAAGUCCUACCUCCAUGGCGAUUGGAUCCAUGUGAAUUGGAAGCAAUGAACUCAGGAGAUGAGCCCAUGCGUCUACUUCAAGGCCGUUUGUAUAUUGUGUGGAACCAUCUUGGUAAUCAACCAGGCUAUCGGCUACUUGUUACGGUUAUUGGAAAUGGACCGCCAUGUCUGGAAGAAGGCAAACAUUCUUGCCUCGAAGUAGAUGAUGUUCCUCUGCUCUGCAUCUCAAAGGAACUGGUUUGCGACGGUGUAAGGCAUUGUCCAUCACCGAUGAAUGCUUUCAGUGAUGAAGACAGUACCAUGUGCUCCAAACUGCGAGAUAAACAACUCACGGAAAACCCCGUACAGAUGGUAUUCAGAAAGUAUAUACAAACUACUUUUAAAUCAUUUUUCUAUGCCGAUUCCACUGAAGUGCCGGCAAGAGAGGACACGACUUUAACGAAUGAAGAGGGCACUGUUGAAGUCAUCGAGAGCCACACAAAAACACCUGCCAAACAACACAAAAGUACUUUGACGGGGCUUUCAAAAUAUGGCCCGUGGGGAUAUCUAUUCCUUGGAAUGUUACUAUGCGGUGGGGCUUUGUUGGUUUGUGGAUUAUGGGAAUGCUGCUGUAGAUCACAUAAACCAGACGCUUCUGAUAUAAGUGAACACGAGAAUCCAUCGGUGUACCUUGAGUCGGGGUUGAAUCACUCAAACUUAAACUCAACAAGCGGAACUGUACAAACUUUACCUCCGUACGAAGACCUGGAUCCUCCACCUGCGUAUUCGGCAUUGUUUCCAAAUCAAAAAUCGUCCGAUAAUUUACCCAUUUUGCUGCAAACCUCGACGAACCAAGAAAUUAACAGUAAUAGUGAAGCAGCUCAAUCUGGCAGCAGCGGAGCCAGUGUGAGCACUGUUCACAUACAAACACAAACCGGCCAAUAAUAGCCUUUCUAUUGUAAGAGUUGCAACAUUUUCAAUAAGGCUGAUUUUAUUAUUUAUUAUUGACUAAAUCUAUUAUCUUUAUAUUUAAUAUUUGUCUUCUAUGUUAAAACGUGUCGAGAAACACAUAGUCAUAAGCCAAAAACGAACAAAGAUUUUUUUUGUGAAAUUUUGAUUUCAUUGGAAACCAGAAUGCAAAAUACUCAAUUCGGUGCGAAUCGCGACGUUAAGUCGCCUUUCAACCAAUAGUCGAAAGUAUCUGUUUUUUUUUCUUUUAAACAUGUUUUCACAUGUACAGUUUGUUGUAAGGCAUUCAACGAUACACAAGGUAUUAUGAAUAAGCAUUUUUAUAGCCAAUCAUCAUGUGAUAUUAAAUUAUUUCCUAACAUGGACAAUCGAACAACAAAGUCAUAGCUAAUAAAAACAAAUUUAUUAUUC